AUGAGCUCUCUUCCGUCGGGUAGGCGUUCUCACCGGAAGUCACGGGCUGGGUGUCUACAAUGCAAACGAAGAAAGGUCAAAUGUGAUGAGAUAAAGCCCCGCUGUGGAAACUGUGCAAAGCACGGGGUUUCGUGCUCCUUUACCGUCACUACAUUGCCAGUUACCAGCAAUGAAGUGAAGCCGAUACCACGUAUAGAAGCAGCCCCUGCGUCGGAGAUUGCCAGCCCAAAUACUUGGGCGACAUUCUCACAGGGUACCCAAAAUGCCAAUCUGUCGCCUAUACUGGGAUCAAAUCUUCCUGUCUUUGAUAUGGAGCUCUUGCAUCACUACAUGAUAUCGACCUGCUAUACAAUAUCUCGCACACCGGCAAUCCAGGCAAUCUGGCGUGAUGAGGCUCCCAGGAUCGGCUUUCGGAUGCCCGCCGCUUUGCACGCAAUACUAGCUAUCAGUGCUCUUCAUCUUGCUAGGUCUGACCCAUCUCGGAAAGCCAGUUGUAUCGCCCAAGCGCACAUACACCAUGACACUGCUCUCCGCUUGGUAACUCCGAACAUGUCAUUACUGGCCGAGGGCAAUGGACCUGGCUUGUUUCUAGUCACAUCAUUAACAUGUAUCUUCUCUUGUGCAAGAGCCCAAUCUGAAGACAACUUUCUCGUGUUGUUCGAACAGGGUCGCCUCACUGAUUGGGCCCUACUUUUUCGUGGGACAAAGACAGUGAUUCAGCAUAGCAAGCAGAGCGAUCACGAUUUUCUCGCAGGGCCUUUGGCGCCCAUUUUCAUAAAUGGAGGCCGAUUGUCCGCCAUUCGCCGCGAUGCACAGACACUAGAGCAGGGUCAGGUGUAUGUCUGGGAGUUGAAACAGAUGAUACGAAAAGAGCUCCAAGCGAAUGAAGAACAGCGCAAAGUAUACUUAGAAACUGCAGACGCAAUUGGCAGAACGCUCGCUGUAGUCAUGAAGCCAGGCGAGGGUCCAAAUCUUCAGACAGCAGAUGUAUUCGCCUGGCUUCUUGAAGUCUCUGAUGAAUACCUCCAGUUACUGCUACAAGAACAACACAUCGCUCUGAUCAUUUUUGGAUACUUCUCUGUAGCCUUGCGACAAAUUGAAUGGAUGUGGUGGAUGGAAGGUAUCAGUCACCGGCUGAUGAGACAGCUAUUUUCCGCGUUGGAUGAAAGGUUUCAUGUCUGGCUGAAGUGGCCACAAGAACAGAUUUCUUGGGAAGAUCCUUGA